AUAGCCUCUCGUCCUUUUUCCCGACCUUUACUUUCCUCAUCACCUUUCUUUAUUUCAAACAAGUAUAAAUAACCAAGAUAGGAUGCACCAAGAUCAUAAUGUCCCAUGGAAGUCCCUCGCCAGCCAUCUCAAGCUCACUCAAUCCGUGGAUCCUCGAACACAGGAACCCGUUCCCGAUUUUAUCCCACGCGAUUAUCCUAAACAAGCCAAAUCUGCAAAGACCUUUCACUAUUUUACAGAUUCUCUGACUAAAACGAUCCAUGAGUUUGCAACAACGGAACGUCAGAAAUAUCCACCUGCAGGUCGUCUCCCAAUCUCAGAUCAAACAUCUGGGAAGUUGUUCUCAGACGAGCUUCUGGCUAAGAAUCAAGCAUUUUGUGACUCGCGUGGUUUCUAUGCACCUUAUUUGAAUGAAGAGAAUCAAAAGAUUGAAUAUUGGAUUCAACAAGCUCGAUGUGAGCAUGCGCAUCCAUCACCAAACGCCAAGGAAUAUUCCUAUUCAAGCAACCACUUGGAUCUGGCGACCGCAGUCAAGUACCUGAUGAUUGAGAACCAGAUGGAGGCUCUGUUGGGAUUGGCACAGCAUCCUCAGAUUCCAUUGAAACAACUGUAUUUUCUCUCUUGGGGACAUAGCUUUGGAUGGGAUCGAGUGAUUGACUAUGCUAUGAAUGCGUAUGUCUAUAUCAAUGUGUUGGCAGAGUUCCCAGAGCUGUGCCAGAAGGAGAAGUAUCAGGGGAUAGGAGGAUACAAAAGACUACGUACAGAGUUGGUAUCGACUUGUGAUGGCGAUUCACAGAUUGCGAUGCAUGUCCCUUUUAUUAAAAAACUAAAUGAAGGAUCUGGAACUGGAGCCGGUGUUAGAGCUGGAGCUAGGAUGUCCCAGGUAUUGGAUUAUUCUUUUCGAGAUAUCUUUGAGGAUUUGGAGUUGCUGAAACAAUAUCUCAAAGACUGUUUCGCCAUCUUGUACAGGAGUGAGAUGUUGGCAAGGGAAUGCGGGGUUACAAUUAGAUGGGAUGAGCAAAUCCAGUACGCUUUGACACGGUUCCAGAUCAAAUGCUGGUACAAUGAAGUGGAUGACCAUAGGAAAAGAGGAGUGAACUAUGACAUGACAGAAUGUAGCUACAAUGUAUAAUAAAACACAUACACUUUGUAAACCAUUUAAAUAAAAUAGUAAAAACAUUGAAAUAAACCAUAG